AUGCGUGAGCUCGUGCACGUCCAGGGCGGUCAGUGCGGCAACCAGAUUGGUGCCAAGUUCUGGGAGGUGAUCGCCGACGAGCACGGCAUCGACCCCACAGGCACCUAUCAUGGCGAUUCUGACCUGCAGCUUGAACGUAUCAAUGUGUACUUCAACGAGGCGACCGGCGGACGUUACGUUCCUCGUGCGAUCCUGAUGGAUCUUGAGCCAGGAACCAUGGACUCCGUCCGCGCUGGACCAUUCGGUCAGCUUUUCCGGCCUGACAACUUUGUCUUUGGACAGACAGGAGCAGGCAACAAUUGGGCGAAGGGUCACUACACGGAAGGCGCGGAGCUCAUUGACUCCGUGCUCGACGUUGUGCGCAAGGAGGCUGAAGGCUGCGACUGCCUCCAGGGCUUCCAGCUUUGCCACUCCCUGGGUGGCGGCACCGGCGCCGGCAUGGGAACCCUGCUGAUCUCCAAGGUGCGCGAAGAGUACCCUGAUCGCAUCAUGGAGACGUUCUCUGUGAUCCCUUCUCCCAAGGUCUCUGACACCGUCGUCGAGCCGUACAACGCUGUCCUAAGCUUUCACCAGCUUGUGGAGAACUCUGACGAGUCUUUCCUGCUG